AUAAAAUAGUCCAUUCAACGAUUUCCGUUUUCAGGAGUUUUAGUACUAUCAACCGAUACCAUUUUUAAUAGUGUUUUGUUUACUUUUUUCUGAACAAGUACACUUACAAUAUCUGAGGAGUAUAAAGAAUCGUGGACUAACCCAUGAGCCAAACUGGUGCGUAUUGCAAAUUCUAAGGCUUAUGCUGUUGCAUUUUGUAAUGAACUGGAAUCAUCAAUUACUGUUUCUUAUUGUGACCAUGUCGUUUCUUAUCCUUUUAUACCAAACUUUAUUGCCAAAGUUAUUCGACCACAGUGUCAUAAAAAACUCAAGUUUGAUCACCAAAGCAACUUUCUUAAUUUCGACUGAAACUGAAAAUGAAAAGGGUUCCGGUAACCAUAGUGUGCCGAAUGUCAUUCACUAUAUCCGUUUGAACAAGAGAAGCUGGUCAUUUGUCGAAUACAUUUGUUUGCUUUCAGCUUACGCCAAUCAACAACCAGAUUAUAUCUUUAUCCAUACUAACAUCAUCGGUGGUUUUAGAGGUAAAUAUUGGAAAUGGAUUCAACAGAAAAUUGACUUAAAUAUGCGCUUGAUCGUGUUGCCUGUCGAAAUUCCCUCUGAGAUAUUCGGUAAGAAAUUAAAUCCAAUAUGGAAAAUUCAUCAUGGCUCGGACAUACUUCGUAUUAAGAUCCUCAUGAAAUAUGGCGGAAUUUACUUAGACAAUGACGUUUAUGUCGUUCAAAAUCUUGACAAAUAUAGAAAAUUUGAGAUGACUCUUGGCUGGCCAAAGAAUGAAUCUUUAGGUAGCAUGGUUCUCAUAGCCAACAAGAAUGCUCGGUUUCUGCAUUUAUGGCUAGAAAACUACCAAGAUUAUAACGCAAGCCUGUGGUAUUUUAAUGCGGGUGAUAAUCCAACCCAUAGGAUCUUAUUAAAAAUGCCUCAACUGGUAAAACGGGAAGAAACUCGACUUGGGAUUAAUUUUAUGAUGAGGGAGCUGUUCCAGUCAAAAGAUUAUGCCUGGAAAGUUAAACUUGACACCAUCCAUCUUCUUAUAAAUCAUCGUAGGUAUCUUGAUAUGUUUUUCAAAGAUUAUAGAUAUUUUAACGAACAUAACAUAUUACACUAUCCAUUUAUUUUUGCUAAAAUGGUGAAAUAUGUUAUUGAAAGUGUGUAGCUUGAGAUUAUGAAGGUCAAAGGG